AUGUCAGAACCUCAAGGCCUGGAUUCGUUCUACACGCAUGACCCGCUUAAUCACAACGACUACAUAAGGCUCAUCCGGGUGCCACCGAAAGAGACUACAAGAGAUGCUGCCACACAGAUCGCGGUCGAUAUCCAGACUGUGCCGUUUCAACAUGCUCCCCCAUAUACCGCGUUAUCCUACGUCUGGGGCCCGCCUGAAAUAUACAAGACCAUAUCCAUAUUGGGACGGCAGUUCAGCGUUCGGGUGAACCUCUGGGACUUUCUCGACUGCGUACAGCAAAGUGAGAGUCUGAAUUACAUAUGGGUGGACGCUUUGUGCAUCGACCAAUCUUGUACUACUGAGCGCAACCACCAAGUCGCUCUUAUGGGUCAGAUCUACUCGCGAGCCAGUGUAAUUGUUGCCUGGCUAGGCGCAGGCCCUUCCGAGCUUGUUCAAGCUUUUGGAGAACUAGCGCUGAUGAGGCCUGCGGAGACUGUCGAACAAUUCGACUGCAACAGGGCGUUGAUAAGGCGUUUCGGACCGACUUUUCGAGAAUGCAACUAUUGGCGUCGAGCCUGGGUUGUGCAAGAGUACGUCCUUGCGCAGCACGUGGAGUUCUGGUGUGGCCAAGAGAGAAUGGAGGUCGGAACCCAAGAGCUUUGUGCGAGGAUGCUCUGGAACACGGUGUUCGACAGUGACACAGGAAUUCACGAUUUGGUUCGACUACGCCAAGCACGACAGUGUGAACAAGAUGCACCGAAAGACAUGUACGAGCUACUGUCUAGUCUCUCCAUGCAUCUCCGGAAAUGUGCAGACACACGAAGAGCAGCUCAAAAAUGA